GAGCACCGAAAGGCGAAUCUAAGCGCGUCCAGCGUAAGCAUCACGCGAGUCGUCGGCGCGCGCGGAUCCCCGAUCGGACGGUCCACGUUGCCCCGUCGCCCUAUAAAUUGGUCCCCCCGUCUCCCCCACCCAAAUCCUCCCCGACUCCUCGCAGCUUCCUCUUGUUUUUCUUGGCCGAACCCCCCCUCGACACGCCGUCGCCGCCGAGGGGAGAGAGAGAGAGGCCGCCGGCCGCCGCUACCACUGACCCCCCCCCUCGCCGGAGCGCCCCGUCGCCGGUCGGGUUUGAUCGAUGGCGUCCAAGAGGAUCCUGAAGGAGUUGAAGGACCUGCAGAAGGACCCUCCCACCUCAUGCAGCGCAGGUCCUGUGGGUGAGGACAUGUUCCAUUGGCAAGCUACUAUUAUGGGACCCUCAGACAGCCCAUUUGCUGGUGGGGUAUUCUUGGUGAACAUUCAUUUCCCACCGGAUUAUCCUUUUAAACCACCGAAGGUCUCUUUCCGCACCAAGGUUUUCCACCCGAACAUUAAUAGCAAUGGCAGCAUUUGCCUCGACAUCCUCAAGGAACAGUGGAGUCCUGCACUUACCAUAUCAAAGGUCCUCCUGUCAAUUUGUUCACUGCUGACGGACCCGAACCCCGAUGAUCCGUUGGUGCCGGAGAUUGCUCACAUGUACAAGACUGAUAGGGCCAAGUAUGAAUCCACCGCUCGCUCCUGGACACAGAAGUACGCCAUGGGCUAAAGCCAGCCAAACUGGUGGACGUGUCGAAACCCAACGACGUUAUCACCUAAAUAACCAUCAAGUCACCACUCUCCCCCCAACGAAGUAUGAAUGGACUUUUGAGGGCUGUUGUGCCCAGUUGAACUCAUAUGUACCCUACCUUGUGAAGUCCGUUUCAGUCUGGUAGUCUGUUCUACCUGACUGUUCUGUUAUUUAAGUCGUUUCCUAAAUCAUAUUUAUUAUUCGUGCUUUGUCGGUGCCAUAGCUAUGAUUUAUAUGUGAUCAACACGGCACGGAUGAAGAUUUUGCGUGUUGCUGAAUGUACUUUAGGUUCAGCUUACACGUUUCUUAAGUGCAGUCACCUUAUCAUAAUGAUCGUUGCUAAGACCAGGCUAUAAAAAGGGGUUACAUUACGUCAUUAUACGUUAAAGAGGAAAGGUACAAGCACAGCAUGGCCGACGCCUGAGAAUUAAUGUGUAUGGGUACAGAUGGGCUAUCGGAGGCGAUGUUGCCUUCUAGCAUUAGGAUGGAGAGUUCUAUCAAGAGUGUAUGUCAAAGAGAUUUGAAGUCAGUCAAUAAAAUAAGAUCUUCAAUGUGUAA